CUUUCUUACGCUAAUUUGGAUGCACAAAAUCUUUUAAUGUAAUCUAAAUCUAGAAAUUCACGUUUUUGAGACGCACCGGAAAUCAAAUUGUAAUGGCCGCCAUGCAAAAAAUUCCCGGGUUUCUGGUAGAAAGGAACUUAAUGUGACUGGCAUGGCUACAAGCCGCAAUAAUCAAAGAUGUGUGUCAGUGAGAAAUCAGAAUGGAAAGCAAGUUAAUCCCAUAACAGGACAAGAAAUGCAUCAAGGAACACCUCGCACCCAGGCCAUUGUAAAAGAAAAAUCAAGUGAAGAUUUGAAAACUGUGCCUUCACUUAACUUGAAGUACCUAAAAGAUGAUGAAAUAAAGACAGGUGCCAUUGAUAUUGAUUUAAGACUCAAUGAUUACUGCAUGGACUCCCCCAACUCAGCUAGCACAGUCAGUUGGGGAACUGGAAGAAGUACUGGAAGUUAUAGACCAGGAUCUAAAGUACAGAUAUCUAAAUCAGAAAGAAUUUCAGUGAGACCAGAAGGUGUUCCAAGCCUUAAUUUAGGAGUCAGGCCUUCCUCUGCUAGAAAACCUGCUGUUAAACAGCUUACAGCUUGGGACAAGGAGGCUGUUCCUUGUGAUGUUCCUCCCCCUUCAGCAAGACACAAAGAGCUGUAUCAGCAGUAUGCAGAGGAAAUGAAACUAUCUUACAGAGAACAUGUCAAUCCUCCUAUGAAAGAUGCCGUAAAUGGAGUGGAUAAAAUAAGCAGUGCAAGAGAAGAGAAGUCUAAAGUUGAUGGUGAGGAAUCUUUAAAUGAUGAGUUCCAUUUGAAUGAAAAUUGGCUUAAACAACGCUACACUGGAGUCCAGCUCAUGAAAAAGAAAGAUAUAGAAGAUUUGUUUGAACAGAAUAAAAAACAAAAGCUGAUUGAAACAGUCAUGAUUGACCAGUUGUCUAGAGCAGUUAUAAGUGAUCCUGAGCAGAAUGAACUCUACACCAUCAGACCAUCUUCUGCUCGAAGAGGAAGAGGAACUAACAGAUAUUUACAUGACACAAAAAUCAGUACAGCUUCCACAGCCACAGAAAAUCUUUUGUCCAAACGAGUGAGAUUUGGAGCAAGAAUUAUAACAAGAGAUGGGCAUGAUGCUAUGCGGGAACUAACUGGAUUCUAUUUUGCAUUUGACAAAACUUUGACUGUGUAUGAAUUUAGGCAAUUUGGGAAAAGUGCUAAAGCAAUGCCCUUCAUUUAUUGUGGUCAAUAUGUACAUAGCAGUGGUCCAAAAAGUGGUCUGCCUUACAGUAUCUCAGACAUUUAUAGUGGAGCAACUUUGAAAAUUCCAACUGAAGGACAGCUAGCACUGACAGAUUCAUUAUCAAAGAACAAAUACAUUGUGCUGCGUAUAACUGAUGUAGAUGAAGACGAAAGAGAUCAGCUGAUUGCUGAAAGAAAAAUGGAUGACCAGCGAUCCCAUGCUCCAAGUCAAAUAGAUAUAGAUCACAAAGAGUUUUUAAAAAGUGUUCAAGAUGAGAUUAAAACAAAAAUUUCUAAGAGAGGAAUCAGGACUUACACAGGACUUGGAAGAUUUUACAGAAAGCUGGAUCAUUAUAAAACUGGAAUCCUAGAUCAGUUUGAUCUUGAAAAAGGUCUAAAAGUGUAUCACAUAGAUUUGGAUCUUGAGAAACUAGAAGAGGUAUUUGAAAUAUUGGAUCCUGAAGGCAACAAACUGUUGGACUAUGGUGAAUACAUGCACAGCUUAUUAGGUGAAAUGAAUGAGUACAGGAAAGCUUUGGUCAGAAAGGCUUUUCGUAAAUUAGAUAAUGGCAAGAAAGGCACUAUCCAUAUUAGUGAUGUGAAUAAGUUCUUCAAUGUCAAUUCAAAGUACAAACCUAAAUCAGAUGGACACAUGAAUCAGAGUGCACUACAAGCUUUCAUUGAAGAUGUUCGUGAAAAUGAUAAAGAUGAAUUCAUUUCAUAUAUAGAGUUUGAAGAGUAUUAUGAAGGACUUAGUCUUGGAAUUAAAAGUGAUGAAGAAUUUGCUAAUAUUCUGAGAAAUACAUGGAACAUAUAAAAUAGUUAUAAAGUGAUAAGCACAAACAGUUCUUAGAGACGGCCCACUUGUGAUAUGUGAUGUUAUUGCAAUAUAUGCAUACUUUUAUUUGUAUGAAUGUACCAUUCCAAUAAAUUGUUUGUCUUAAUUUUUUAUGACAUAUCUUUUUUACUUUUAUUAAUUGGAUACAAGUGUUAUAAUUUUUUUAGUGUAUUUCAAAUAUGAACUUUCAGUUCUAGACACUGAGGUACCAGUACAAUAGUCUGUGUUGGACAAGUAUACUUAUAUUUUGUUCAAAUUUGAUUUUAGUUUUGUAAACAAAUAGUAAAAGUCAAUGUUUAGUCAACAUAUUUGUAGUGCAAUGAGUUUUGGCACCAUAGAAAUAAAAAAAAUUUCAAGAAUAAAUUUACUUGCUCAAAUUUUUUUUUCAGACUAUCCAUUAUAUAAAGUUGUAAUAUUAAUUGAAUUUCUUAACAAUACCAUUAUAAAUACUUAAAAUGUAUACACAAAAAGGAGGGGAAAAAAAGCUUUAUAUCAUUCUAUUGUCUUGUACCAAGGCAGUUUUUCUUGUAUUUGAAAUUAAUAGCGUAUGGAGAAAUACAUUAACAGAUCUACAAAUUAGGAGUAAGGGUAACUAGUUCUUUAGCACUUUUUACUUCUCUGGAGCCUUUCUUGGCAAUUUUUUUAUAUUAACCAUAAAUAUAAUUCACUUUCUUUUUACACACAAAGGUCAUUUUUUCUUCUUUUUGUACGAUGCCCUUCUAACAUUCUUAUUGGAUCAGUCCAUUGAGGAAUAUAACACUGGGUUUGAAAGCAGCACUCAACACCCAUAAGAAUUUCAGUACAAGAAGUUAUUCCAGUUUGUGCUGUGUCUGUGUAAUUUACUUCUUUAACUGGACAAUAGUGAAAUCAAAAUUGUAACAUUUCUUUUAUUGUACUAGUUAUUAGGCUUUUUAUUGUAAUGAGAGUUGACACUGUGUCAUACAUAAACCUUUACAUGGCAAUAAUCUACCUCUAUGCAAGAGUACUUUCAAGAAUCCAUAUUAUAGAACAUUUUGGUGAAAUUUAAAUCUUUGCAUGCUUGUACUCCUGUUAAUUGUUUAAAUUUACAAAUAUUAAACAUCAUUCCUUAGAGUUUAACUGAUUAUUUACGAUUCUUAUUCACCCCCAGAAUCACCUUUUUUCCCCAGAAAACACCUUAACUCAGGGAGAAAAAAAUAUUUUUUUUGCAGUAUCUUGAAACAAUAUUAUUGAAAUAAAGAACAAUAACUAAUAUAAGAUGUAAAAAUAAAAUAUUAUUCACUGUAUAUAAAAACUUACCAAAAAACUACAAGUUUUUACAAGAAAAAUUGUAAGAAAAAAAAAAACAUUUUGUAGAGUAACUUGAUAUAGUGUGACUUUAAAAAACUUGCAUAUAAAAUGUGAAAAAGGCACAAAGGAAUUUACAAGCUAGGAUAAAAGAUUAAAAGCAAGAAAAACAAAA